GUAGAGGAAACAGUGGACGUUGACGCUCCACAAGCCGGCCAAGGCGGUGAGCAGGUGGACGGCGCCGAUGGCGGCGAGGUACAGCAAGGCAGCUUCGGGCGUCUCCGUGCCUGCGGCUCCCCCCCAAGCCCAGGCGUAGGCGCACGGCCCCCAGAACCACAGCCAGAGCGGGUAGAGCACGCAGAAAGGCAGCACCGUCCCCCACAACAGCCGCGACCGCCGGCGGUACGGAAUCACGUCCUGCACCAGCUCGUCCCCCGGACCCGGCCCGGGACCGGCGGCUGCUGCUACCGCCAUCGUGCUUCCGGGUGAGAGCCCUCAGCUGCCGCCACCGGCCAACUCAGUUCACGCUGCUUCCGCUUCCGGGACAGACGGCUCCCGCUGCAGUCCGAUCACGCAUGCUCACUGCCCGUACCGUAGAAUUGCGUGACUUUCGGCGAAGCGAUGGCAUACUACGCAUGCGCCGAAGCACUUGGCACAAGGUCCUCUGGUGUCAUGGCUGCUGGAGGGGAAUCCCGCACAUGUCACUCUCACAUGUGCCCUUAGCGAGGAGGACGCAUGCGUGGCCAGGAGAAGAAAGGCAGGCAGUGCUGGAGGUGACUGCACGGCAUUGCCGCAAAGAAGCCGAACAGUAUGGCCAGUGUGUCACUGCCAACCCUUCCACCUGGCAGCAGGACUGUCACCAGCUCAAACUCGACAUGGCCAAGUGCACGUCAUCCCACCCAAUUGUACAGAAAAUUCGCCAUGAUUGCGCUGAACCAUUUGCUGCAUUUGAAAAAUGCCUUAAACUAAACCAGUCAUCUGUGAUGAACUGCUCUGAACAUGUCCAGCAAUUCCUGCUCUGUGCUGACCAGGUGAAACUGACUACAUAAGAAGGCAAAAUGUGAUUUUCUCCUGAACAGUAUUGCUGGAGUGCCUGCUGGAUUAAAGGUUCCUGGCAGGAAUGGCAACACCAUAGUUCUCAAGAUCCAGCUAGGACACAGGAAUUCUUCCCGGUCCUGGAAAUCAUUUCCCCAGCCAUGGCUGCCAGUGCCAUCUAAGUCUGGCAUAUUGGAAAUACAGCUCCUGAUCAACAAGCCAUGGGAAGCACAUUGGCGUGACAGCGAUAUCUCAGUUUUAUCUGCAAAGCCAGAACUGCCUCACGGAGUCCACUUUGUGUGUUUUGUUGAGCCUGGAACUUAACCAGGCAUGGUGCAAUAAACUGCAGUCAGAGGCCAGAA